AAUAUGAUGGUAGAGUGGCCUGGACGAGACCAUUCAUUUUUACGUCUGAUAUCUUUUAUCACAUAUCUGAAGAUUGCGGCCUUGGACCAGCCAAACAAGGAAUCUCACGGGGAUUAAACGGAUUGCCCAAACAGAAGCGCUCUGUUACAAAUCUCACUAAUUACGGUUUUAGUAGCCUAACCUUAUCAUCAUCCGCUGAACCCUUCCCUCACUCUUCGUUUGAUAGCAAGCUACGACACAAGCAUUUGCGAUGCGGAAAUGAUUCAAUGACGAGAUCAAUCUCUCAUAUAAAUUAGAGACGCUCGAAAACGAUCAACAAUGAAGAUUCCGAUAGAUUUUUCUUUUGUCUAGAAAUUAUUGUUCUUUUGGCCAUGAUCUCUCUGCGUAGUCUUCUACAGUUAACGCUACUACUGAACCACGGCUGUUGGUGGGGGGUACAUCCGAGCCCCACCGAUGAGGGUGCACUUCGGGCCAGCCACGGAGACCACGGAGAACCGGGCCAUAAAGAGCCUCACAAGGACUCAUAUAGCACCUUCGCAUCCGAGUUUCUGGAGUCCCGUUAUCUGUCAGACGAUGGUUACCCCUUCCCCACAGCACCUCCUGUUGAUCCAUUUGCCAGGAUCAAGGUUACCGACUGUGGAGUAACCAAGGGUUGCAUCAGGUAUGGGAAGCCGGGCUGCGAUGCAGAGACGUGUGACUACUUCCUGAGCUACCGCAGGAUCGGGACAGAUGUGGAGUACGAGAUGAGCGCAGACACAGACGGCUGGGUGGCUGUGGGCUUCUCUUCCGACAAGAAGAUGGGAGGAGAUGAUGUCAUGGGCUGUGUCCAUGACGAUAAUGGGCGUGUGCGUAUCCACCACUUCUACAACGUGGGCCAGUGGGCCAAAGAGAUCCAGAGGAACCCGGCGCGGGACGAGGAGGGACUGUUCGAGAACAACAGGGUGACCUGUCGCUUCAAGCGCCCGCUGUAUGUCCCCCGCGAGGAGACUCUGGUGGACCUGCACCUGUCCUGGUACUACCUGUUUGCCUGGGGCCCGGCCAUACAAGGCUCUAUCACCAGACAUGACAUUGACGCUCCCCCCGUCAGUGAUCACAUGAUCAGCAUCUAUAAGUAUGAGGACAUCUUCAUGCCCUCCACAGCCUACCAGACCUUCUCCUCUCCGUUCUGCCUGCUGCUCAUCGUGGCUCUCACCUUCUACCUCCUCAUGGGCACCCCGUAAGCUGGACAGCCCGUAAGCAGGACAGCCCAGGAUGAGAAAGAGGAGAGACGAGAACAGAAGAGAAAUGGAGUCAGCAGACCUGUCUACAUCCUGAAUACGGGGUGCACUUUGAACAGAAAUACACAUAAGCUAUUACAUACAGAAUACUAAUAUUAUUAAUGCCUGGCACAAAUGAGAGAAAUCAUAAAGCCAACAAUUAGUGUUAUCAUAACAACCUAACCCUAGUCAGACAAUGGUUCCAGCCACUGUAGAUAGAAGAGAUCAGUAGCAUAUAUGUUUAGCAGGUAUUUGAUUUGAUAUAUUUAUGUUAACCAAUACAAGUAUUACUAUUACAAGGAUUUACCAACACACUUCCCAGUGAGCCCGUAUUUGUCUUCUCAUAACUUGUCAUUAUAAUGCAUGCAGAAGAUGCUUGCUGCAUCAGUCUGGACCACUGGCCCAUGUAAGGAUCAUUAAUGAUACACCAAAGCAUGAAAUAUCGAGCUGGACUGGGAGAGAGAGGACUGUGGGAGAAAGAGCAGAGUGCACACCUGCUGUGCUGCAAUUUGGCAGAAACAGAAACUGGCUUACUGCACUGCUGAAGUGUUGGAGGUCAAGCUCUUCCUGUGGUGGCCAUGUUGUUGAACAUCUUCCUUGUGAAACAUUGUUGGAGAGAAGUUCUUCUUGGCUUCUCUGCUUGCCCGUAGAAUGCUGUCCAGAUAGAGAGUGUGUUGCUGUAUUUCUCUUUCCAAGCCACAAUUACAUACCAAGUUUUGUGUUCAGAAUAUGACGAAAGUAGAUGUGUCUGGGAAAAGUUGUUUACUUGUAGGUCUGCUGUAGUUGGUGUAACUGGUGGUGUAACUGAUGGUGUAACAGAUGCCACACAGACCAGGAGAGCUGAGUGUUUGUCUGGGGGGUGAGGGUUGUUCACUGGCCCCGUUUGACUCCUGUUCUACAUAAAUGCAAUAUCAAACCAACAGCAGCAUAAGCCCGGAGAGUUGUACUGUACUGUAGAUCUUCUGGCUACCACAGCCACUGUGCCACGAGUUCAGGAAUCUCUUUCACUAAACUAGUUGUUUGCUCGGAAAUGCUUCCCACUGAAACUGCCUGUGUUAUUUACAAUGCUAGUGUUUGUUAUCAAUUAAAAUGUCUUUAGAAAAUAAUUAUCUUUUGUUUU